AUGGGAUACCACCAUAUCACAGACCUCAACUUAUCUCUUUCAUUCAACAACGCAAAGCCGUCACCUUUGAUUGCAAACCCUACUUCUAAUCCCACCAACCUUUUAGCUUUCAAUCAUGGAGAUUUUGCAAAUACUGCAAAUGAGGGAAGUCAACAGGCAUCAGGGAGUUCACGUUGGAAUCCAACGCCGGAGCAGCUACUGGCACUCGAGGAACUCUAUCGACGCGGGACACGGACGCCGUCGGCGGCGCAAAUCCAACAAAUCGCGGCGCGGCUUCAGCGGUUCGGGAAGAUCGAAGGGAAGAACGUUUUCUACUGGUUCCAAAACCAUAAAGCAAGAGAACGUCAAAAACGCCGCCGUCAACUGAUCAGUGUGACUCCCGAUGAACAGCAACAGUGUGAUGCCGAUAGCUUGGAGAAGAAGGAAUCAGCAGUAAUUUUGUUGAGCUGCAACAAGGCUUCUCCUUCAAACAUAUGUAAACUUUCAGAGGGUCUCAUAUCAAUGCAUGGAACUGCAAAAAGUGGAGGAAACGAGUGGAUGCAAAUUCACGACAAGGAACUACGCUUGGAGCUGUCUUUUUCGGCGACCGCUUCAUCGGACACUGGAUAUUUAUGUCUACCGAAACCCCACCAAGAAAAUACUACCACACUCGAAGAAGAAAACAGAAAAGAGCAGACCCUCGAGCUGUUUCCCCUUGGAACCGCCAUUAAUAUCGGCCACAAUGAAGUACCCAUCACAGCCAUAACUACUACAACAACAACAAUACAGUAUUUCGAGUUUCUUCCUCUGAAGAACUGA